AAUAGAUGUUCAGUUUCAGUUAUUAUGCCGAUUGAACCCUGAAGAGUGGUCGAUAAUACGUUCAAUUUUAUCGUCAAUAUCGUCAAGUUUCGAAGUGACCGUAGUGUGUGAUCACUGUGAUGACUGACGAGUGAUCAUUUACCUAUGUAUUAACCUACGAGCUGGAAUUUUAUUUCGAACAUUUUUACGCUUUUGAAUUUUAAUUCAUUAUAGGAGUGUUGUGUCGAUUACGUGAAACGUUGAAUUAUCGUGCUAAAAUGAAUAUAUCCUGCCCUAUUUGUGAUGGAGACUUACUUACCGAUAGAAAUGAGUGCCAUUGUCAGUGUCUUCUCCAGUGUAUGGGAAGCUCAGAAACAUACCCUUACUGCUGCACUGAUCCAGAGGUGAAUGAUGAUGUAUCCAAGUUAAAUUCACCUAUUGUAGAAACAUGUGCAGUUCCGAGUAAGGUAGAAUUUGAGGCGUUGGAGAAUCGUGUGAUACAUCUUAUGAAUGUCAAAUUAGAUUUAAGCAGAAAAUUGGACGCAGAAACUAGAAAUUAUGGAUUACUUUUACAAGAAAAUACAAAUGUGAAGUCGGAAUGUGAAGAAUUAAGAAGAAAAACACUCGAAUUGGAACAUCGUGUGCAAUAUCUCGAGAAUGUCGAAUCUAAUGUGACCGAACAGUUGGAAAAAACUAGCGAAAAAUUACAAGCAAUGGAGAUUGAAUACGAAAGUGCGAUAUCAGCUGGUGAAAGAUUGAGGGAUGAAAAGAAGAAACUUGAGGAUAAAGUACAAUCGCUUCUGCAUAGUGAAUCCAGCUUGAAAAAUGAAUUAGCAGCCAAAGAAACGGAAUUGCAAAAAGUACAACAAGACUUCAAAACAGAGAAUUUGUUAAACAACGAAUUGAAGAAAAAGUUGCAGUCAAGUGUGGUAAUUGAAACUGAUUUAAGAAACCGAUUGAACUUGAACACUGCAACAUUGAUGAACGUUGAAAGUUCGAAACGAACUUUUGAAGUAAACAAUGAGAAACUAAAAGUCCAACUAGUCACCGAACAACAGGAUAAUGAAGCACUUGUACAGGAAAAUGAAACAUUGAGACGAGAUUUUCAGAAAAAAAUCGACGAAUUGAAAAAUGAACUAGCCAUCGAACAACGUGAAAAUGGUAAACUUGCACGGGAAAAUGAAACAUUGAGCUGCAGACGAACAAACUUUCAGGAAAAAAUUGACGAAUUGAAAAAUGAACUAGCCAUUGAACAACGGGAAAACGAUAAACUUGUAUGGGAAAAUGAAAAAUUAAGACGAACAAACUUUCAGGAAAAAAUUGACGAAUUGAAAAAUGAACUAGCCAUCGAACAACAGGAAAACCAUAAACUUGCACGGGAAAAUGAAACAUUGAGCUGCAAGCAAACAAAUUUUCAGAAAAAAAUUGACAAUUUGAAAGAUAAACUAGCCAUCGUACAACAGCAAAACGUUAAACUUGUAUGGGAAAAUGAAACAUUGAGCUGCAAGCAAACAAAUUUUCAGAAAAAAAUUGAAGAAUUGCAAGAUAAACUAGCCAUUGUAAAACAGGAAAACAAACUUGUAUGGAAAAAUGAAAGAUGGAGCUACAGACAAAAUUUUUAGAAAAAAAUUGACAAAUUAAAAGACGAUUUAGCCAUCGAACAAUGGGAAAACGAUAAAACUUGUGCUGGAAAAUGAAACAUCGAGAGUUCUUUAAGAAGAUACUUGGAAAGCUGUCAGUAACCUAACACAAAAAAAAAUCAAGGAAAGAGUCAGCUGGUAUUUUACCUAUUUUAAUAAUCGUAAAUUACAUUUAGUUUUUUUUUUCAUUUAUUUAUAUUUGCUUAUUGAGUUCUUGAAUGUCACUCACAAUGUGAAUCUAUAUCUAUCUACUUGAUAAUUUUUUUUUAAAAUGAUGCUAUGAGAUUAAGUAUGCGAUCUGUGACAUCAUCUAUUGAGUACCUAUUUUUAUCAUGAAUUUUCGUACUAAUUUAAUUUAAUUUAAUUUAUAUUUCCAAGAUGAACGUAAACACUAAACAUUAAUCAUCUAAUUACUAUUGAUAGAUGAAUUCAAAUCGUCUUUAUUUCUUAACAUUAUUUAUUUAUGUGAAAUACCUAAGUAUAAUUAUGUUUUUCAAUUUUCAUAAUAAUUUUAUAAAUUUGAAAUCGGUAAUAUACGUAGACUGCCUAUUA